UCCAAAAACAACAACAACAACAGCGAUGUCACCGUUACAACUGAAGCCGAUGCUGAGCGUGCACAAAUAAGCAAUAGGUUAGAGCAAGAGGGCAAAAGCCAAAGGAGAGCGGAGAGCGGCAACAGCGACAGCGAGAGAGAGCGAAGGCCGGAGGAGAAAUGGCCAACGCCUUGCGUGGGUGCAGCCAAAAGGAUAAGCAGCGGAUGAAAGCAAACUAAACGACCAGCGCGACACACACAGCAAGCAAGUGGGAGAGCUUCCAAGAGAUUUAGAGAGAGAGAGAGAGAGAGAGAGUGAUAUAGGGAGCGAGAAAGAGAAUCAUAAUCCUUACAGCUGCAAAGCAGAUAAAAUCACGUAUCCGCCAUGGAGCCGGUGAUGAGUCUGGCACUGGCCGCCCACGGGCCGCCCAGCAUACUGGAGCCGCUGUUUAAAACCGCAACCACGAGCACAACGACCACCACCACCACGACGACAAGCACGACGACGACGACAAGCAGUCCGGCGGGCCUAUCACCCACAGGCACCACCCUGCUAACAGCCCUGCUGGAGAACCUGACGACGACGGCAGCCAGCGGGAUGUACGAUCCGUUUGGAUACGGCAACGGAACGAACGGCACCAUGGGCUUUGAGACGAAGGGACCGCGGUAUUCACUGGCCUCCAUGGUGGUCAUGGGUUUCGUGGCGGCGAUUCUGAGCACGGUGACAGUGGCGGGCAACGUUAUGGUGAUGAUAUCCUUUAAGAUCGAUAAGCAACUGCAGACGAUCAGCAACUACUUCCUGUUCUCGCUGGCCAUUGCGGACUUUGCCAUCGGUGCGAUAUCGAUGCCGCUGUUUGCGGUGACCACCAUUCUGGGCUAUUGGCCUUUGGGACCGAUCGUCUGCGACACGUGGCUGGCCCUCGACUAUUUGGCCUCUAAUGCCUCGGUGCUAAACCUGCUGAUCAUUAGUUUCGAUCGCUAUUUCAGCGUGACGCGCCCGCUGACAUAUCGCGCCAAGAGGACAACCAAUCGAGCGGCUGUGAUGAUAGGCGCUGCCUGGGGUAUUAGUUUGCUCCUAUGGCCGCCCUGGAUCUACAGCUGGCCAUAUAUUGAAGGCAAGCGAACAGUGCCCAAGGACGAGUGCUACAUACAGUUCAUUGAGACGAAUCAGUACAUUACAUUUGGCACGGCACUGGCGGCCUUCUACUUCCCGGUGACCAUCAUGUGCUUCCUGUACUGGCGCAUUUGGCGCGAGACGAAGAAGCGGCAGAAGGAUUUGCCCAAUCUGCAGGCGGGCAAGAAGGACUCCAGCAAGCGUUCCAAUAGCAGUGACGAAAACACGGUGGUGAAUCAUGCUUCCGGCGGCCUGCUGGCCUUUGGGCAAAUGGGCGGCAAUGACCACGACACCUGGCGACGGCCGCGCUCCGAGAGCUCGGCGGAUGCGGAGAGUGUCUAUAUGACCAACAUGGUCAUCGACUCGGGUUAUCAUGGGAUGCAUUCACGAAAGUCAAGCAUCAAAAGCACCAAUACAAUCAAAAAGUCAUACACCUGCUUCGGCAGCAUCAAGGAGUGGUGCAUCGCGUGGUGGCACUCCGGGCGCGAGGAUUCCGACGACUUUGCCUACGAACAGGAGGAGCCGUCUGAUUUAGGGUAUGCAACACCAGUAACAAUUGAAACUCCUUUACAAAGCUCCGUCUCCAGAUGCACCUCGAUGAACGUGAUGCGGGACAACUACUCGAUGGGCGGCAGCGUUAGCGGCGUACGACCGCCCAGCAUUCUCUUGUCGGAUGUCUCGCCCACGCCGCUGCCACGCCCACCGCUCGCCUCCAUCUCGCAGCUGCAGGAAAUGAAUGUGAAUGCGAGUGCGAGUGCGGCCACUGGGAAUGUGAAUUCGAAUGCAAUGGCGAUUGUGAAUCCGGGUGCGAUGGCCACCAAUUCCAAUGGCAACAUCAACAACAAUCACAACAACAACCACAAUGCAAACGGCAUUGGCACAGCGGCGAAUGGAAAUGGCGGCGGCGGUGCAGGCGGAGGCGGAAACGGAAGUGCCGCAACGGCACGCGACACACGCACACUGCCCGUGAUCAAUCGCAUAAACUCGCGGUCGGUGAGCCAGGAUUCCGUAUACACGAUACUCAUCCGGCUGCCCUCCGACGGAGCCUCCAGCAAUGCGGCCACUGCCAACGGGGCCAAUGCGUCGGCGGCAGCGGCCUCCACAUCCUUGAGCCUGCAAGGCGACUGUGCACCCUCCAUCAAGAUGAUACACGAGGAUGGGCCAUCAUCGACCGUUGGCGGAAAUCCGAACGCCAACGCGACAGGGCCACCGGCCACCACGCGACGACCAUUGGCCUCGCGCGACUCCGAGUUCAGCCUGCCACUCGGACGAAGGAUGUCGCAUGCCCAGCACGAUGCCAGGCUGCUCAACGCCAAGGUUAUACCCAAGCAGUUGGGCAAGGGCGUUGUGGGCGGGGCGGCUGGGGCCCACGCCCUCAUGAACGCCCGCAAUGCAGCCAAGAAAAAGAAGAAAUCGCAGGAGAAGCGGCAGGAGUCAAAGGCGGCCAAGACGCUCUCAGCCAUCCUGCUCAGUUUCAUCAUCACGUGGACGCCGUACAACAUCCUGGUGCUGAUCAAGCCGCUGACCACCUGCUCCGACUGCAUACCGACGGAGCUGUGGGACUUCUUCUACGCGCUGUGCUACAUCAACUCGACGAUCAACCCCAUGUGCUAUGCCCUGUGCAACGCCUCCUUCCGCAGGACCUACAUCCGGAUACUCACCUGCAAGUGGCACACCCGCAACCGCGAGGGCAUGGUGCGCGGCGUCUACAACUAGAUAUCCCUAGAUAUAUAUCCCCAGACCUUAAUAUAUGUUCACCACUUCCUCCGACAAGUGGCCAGAGUCCGGUUAGCUACU